UAAAGCUGUUGGAAAGUACUUUUAACUAAAAUCUCUAUUCCAAUUAGAAAGGAUAUAAAAAGUAUGUUGCUCUUGGAGACUUGAACUUACUUCAAUGGAGAUUCUACCACAAAUAUAUUCAACCAGCUGAAGUGCUGAACUACAUCUGGUUGGACUAAUGACAGUAAUGACUGAUCUGCGAGGCCCAGCCCGAUUCGCAAACUAGAUGGGCUUGGGGUUGCAACCCAUAUAUGAGAUCUAUUUUCUUGUCGGGCCGGCACGUCGGGCCAUCCAGAGAACAGGAGCCAUAUCCAAUCCACAGAUAUCUUCGCUGACGGCCGUUGCCACAGGCAUGAGCGUCCGGCUCCCCGGGGCCUCCAAGCCCGCCACCGCCAUGGCCACCGCCGCGCUGUCCCUCCCACCACUCCCCCACCGAACUCCUCCUCCCGUCGCACCAUCCGUAUCGCCACCCAACUCCGCCUCGGCCUCCCUGAAGCGGCUCUGCAAGGAAGGAGACCUGCGUCAAGCCUUGCGCCUGCUCACGGCCCGGUUGCCGCCUGCUCGGGAGCACUACGGCUGGGUGCUGGACCUCGUCGCCGCCAGGAGAGCGGCCGCGGAGGGCAGGCAGCUCCAUGCGCACGCCCUGGCCACCGGUUCCCUGGACGAAGACGACGAUGGCUUCCUUGCCACCAAGCUUGUGUUCAUGUACGGCCGGUGCGGACGAGUGGACGACGCGCGCCGCCUGUUCAACGGAAUGCCCGCGCGGACCGUCUUCUCCUGGAACGCGCUCGUCGGGGCGUACCUCACGUCCGGGAGCGCCGGGGAGGCCAUGCGGGUCUACGGUGCCAUGCGGGCGUCAGCGGCCCCGGGAUCGGCGCCCGACGGGUGCACGCUCGCGUCCGUCCUCAAGGCGUGCGGGGCGGAAGGGGACGGCCGCUGCGGGGGCGAGGUGCACGGGCUGGCGGUGAAGGUCGGACUUGAUAGGAGCACCCUCGUGGCCAAUGCGCUUAUCGGGAUGUAUGCCAAGUGCGGCUUGCUGGAUUCAGCGCUGCGGGUGUUCGAGUGGCUGCAAGACGCAAGGGACGUCGCGUCCUGGAACUCGGUUAUAUCAGGAUGCGUGCAGAACGGGAGGACCUUGGAAGCUCUGGCGUUGUUCCGAGUGAUGCAGAGUGCCGGGGUUGGUAUGAAUUCUUACACAGUCGUCGCGGUGCUCCAAGUUUGUGCGGAGCUAGCUCUGCUGAGUUUGGGAAGGGAGUUACAUGCAGCACUCCUCAAAUGCGGCAGCGAGUUGAACAUCCAGUUCAACACUUUGCUUGUCAUGUAUGCCAAAUGUGGCAGGGUGGAUAGUGCUCUCAGAGUAUUUGGUCAGAUUGCUGAGAAAGACUACAUAUCAUGGAAUUCGAUGCUGUCCUGCUACGUCCAAAACGGUUUCUGUGCAGAGGCCAUUGAAUUUUUUGGUGAAAUGCUUCAACAUGGUUUUCAGCCUGAUCAUGCCUGUGUUGUGAGCUUGUCCUCUGCAUUGGGACAUUUGAGUAGGCUAAAUAAUGGCCGAGAGGUUCAUGCAUAUGCUAUAAAGCAAAGGCUUCAUACUGAUUUACAGGUUGGGAAUACAUUGAUGGACAUGUACAUAAAGUGUGACUCCAUAGAGUGUUCAGCAAAGGUAUUUGAAAGCUUGAGUAUUAGAGAUCACAUAUCAUGGACAACAAUCCUUGCUUGUUUUGCUCAGAGUUCACGACAUUCUGAAGCACUGGAAAUGUUUCUAGAAUUGCAGAAAGAAGGGAUUAUGGUGGAUUCUAUGAUGAUUGGAAGUAUUUUAGAAACAUGCAGUGGUUUGAAAAGCAUCUCUCUGCUAAAGCAAGUGCAUUCUUAUGCUAUUAGAAAUGGAUUGCUUGAUUUGAUACUGAAGAAUAGACUGAUAGAUAUAUAUGGGGAGUGUGGAGAGUUUGACCAUUCACUAAAUUUAUUUCAGAGGGUAGAGAAAAAGGACAUUGUUAGUUGGACUAGUAUGAUAAACUGUUGCACAAGUAACGGACGAUUAAAUGAAGCUGUUUCCUUAUUUACUGAGAUGCAAAAGGCAAAUAUUCAACCUGAUUCUGUAGCACUAGUAAGUAUUCUGGUGGCUAUUGCUGGUUUGUCAUCGUUGACAAAAGGAAAACAGGUUCAUGGCUUUCUUAUCAGAAGGAAUUUUCCUAUAGAAGGUCCUGUGGUUAGUUCCCUUGUGGACAUGUAUUCAGGUUGCGGAAGCAUGAACUAUGCUAUCAGAGUAUUCGAACGGGCUAAGUGUAAAGAUGUUGUUCUUUGGACAGCAAUGAUUAAUGCUACUGGGAUGCAUGGACAUGGCAAGCAAGCCAUUGACCUUUUCAAGAGAAUGCUGCAGACUGGUCUGACUCCUGAUCAUGUAUCUUUUCUUGCUCUGUUGUAUGCUUGUAGUCAUUCAAAGCUUGUUGAGGAGGGUAAACACUAUCUGGAUAUAAUGAUGAGCAAGUACAGGUUAAAACCAUGGCAGGAACACUAUGCCUGUGUGGUUGAUAUUCUUGGACGCUCAGGCCAGACAGAGGAGGCUUAUGAGUUCAUCAAGUCUAUGCCUAUGGACCCAAAAUCUGUUGUGUGGUGUGCACUGCUUGGCGCAUGUCGUGUGCACAAGAAUUAUGACCUUGCUGUGGUUGCAGCCAAUAAGCUUCUUGAGCUGGAACCUGACAAGCCAGGCAACUACAUUCUUGUGUCAAAUGUUUUUGCUGAGAUGGGCAAGUGGAACAAUGUCAAGGAAAUUAGAACCAGGAUGGCAGAACAGGGGUUGAGAAAAAGUCCAGCUUGCAGUUGGAUUGAGAUAGGCAACAACAUCCACACUUUCACCUCAAGAGACUACUGUCAUAGAGACUCGGAGGCAAUCCAUCUCAAGCUUUCCGAGAUAACAGAAAAACUGCGGAAAGAAGGUGGGUACGUGGAGGACACAAGAUUUGUUCUUCACGAUGUGAGCGAAGAGGAGAAAAUAGAUAUGCUGCAUAAGCACAGCGAGAGGCUUGCGAUAGCGUUUGGCUUGAUCAGCACUCGUCCAGGCAUGCCUAUAAGGAUAGCCAAGAACCUAAGGGUCUGCGGUGACUGCCACGAGUUCACCAAGCUGGUUUCCAAGCUGUUUGGCAGGGAGAUUGUGGUCCGAGAUGCCAACAGGUUCCACCAUUUCAGUGGAGGCUCUUGUUCUUGUGAAGACUUCUGGUGAAUGUGAUUUAGGCCAUAGAGCUAAGUACAUCAGCAUCUUGUUGACUUAAAAGAGGAUGCAGCAGAGGCGAAAUUGAUGAUACGGCGAAGGCAUGGCUAAUACUAGAAAUUACCUUUUCUGCCAAGAGGGCCCCAUCUCCUGUCAUUCUGUGGAUGGAGCAACCGAGAAGAAACAAUGCAAUGCAAAUGGUCUUCUUUUAGUCAGUAUAGAGCCUAACUUUCUUCAGCAUACAGCAACCGAGAAGAAACGCUCUGUUAUUAUGUCUAACUUUUUUUUUUGUCAUCCCUACAAGAGUUUGGUCAUCUGAAUAAAUUUGAAGAGCUGAAUGCACCCACCACUCACCUUA